UAAAUAGCCAAAUACAUCACGGCGCAGUUCUUGCACCACUACCGGGAAAUCCAGGCAAGGAUACAAAUCUAUUUAUAAACGACUGCGAUUGUGCCUCAAUAUAAGACAGGGGGGUGUUGUUUUUACCAGCAACUUUGGUUGAUCUUCGCUACAGAAGAUCAAAUCUGGCUUCUGAGGGCAUUAAGAGAUCUUCAUCGCCCGUUGCCAUGGCGGAAGUUAACAAUCAACAAGCAGGAGAAGCCGCAGCGAUCAAAGCCGCCCACCCGGGUCGAUGUCGCGUGAUGACCGAUGUUGGGAGGUUCAGUCAUGUCAUCACAGUUCAACCCAUGAAUAUGGAUGCCACCAUCAAAUUCCAGCUGGAAGCUUCCUAUCCAAGCAAGGUUCCCACAGUAACAGUCCGAUCUGAGGCUCUGACUGAUGACGACAAGAUAGAGCUGCAGCAGCACCUCACAGAGGAGGCCGAGGCUAGCCUCAACACGCCAAUGAUUCAGACUCUGGUGGACAAGGCCACCGACUGGCUCAAGAGCAACGGAAUGAGAUCAGGGAAGCCUGGACGCUCAAGCGACGUUAACUCUGCUUCCAGACACCGUGGGAAGAAAGGGAAGGGAAAGAAGAAGGUUGUCGAUGAAGUUGUGGUGGAGAAGCUGGUGUCAAUGAAGACGGCUGACGAUGUUAUAAAGCGUAUCAUGUGGGAUGGAUCCCUGCAGAGUGAUGACUUCCUUGUCGGAUACUGGGAUCGCUUCCGGGGGAUCAUGGAGAAAUACUUUUCCGCGUUCUCCUGGGAGGACAUUGCUUCAGUUGACUACACUGUUCUGGCCAUACCGAAACACAGGAUCCAGUACUUCAAAUAUAAAACCGAGAUCGUCUGGGACAAGGGUUCCAGACUGGACAACGUGUUUGGGUCGACAGGGGGAAAACUGACCAUCACUGAUGUCAUUGAGAGGUAUGAGAGGAACCGACAGAAUCAGGCCCAGGUAGAAGAUCAUGACGAGGACAAGGACGUGGACGAAGAUGAAGACAGCGACAGCGAUGAUGGCAUCACUGUGACCAUUGGCGGCAUCAGUAACGGUGCAUCCACUCAGAGACCAACAUCGGACACUAACCACUACGUUGCUGGAGGAAACAAAGAAAAUGACUGGCAUGAUGAUGACAAAUUCAAUCCUUUCUGGAAGGACAAACUGCGACCAAACUACUUCAUCGCCGUGAGGGUGACGGAUCACGAGGUAAUGGAGACCCUGGAGAGUGUCCAGGACUACAUCCUCGAGAAUGAACCACGGUACUCCAGUUGCUGCAUCCCUGGAGGCUCGCUCCACAUCACGCUAUGCACCCUGGGGCUGGAUACCCCCGAGCAGGUCAGCAACGCUGUCCGGGCUCUCGAGACCAUGAAGUCUGACCUGGCAGCAUCUGCCCCGAAGGAACCACUGAAGCUGGUCGGGGUCGCCAACUUCUUCAACAGGGUCGUCUAUGCAAAGGUGCAGUGCCCGGAAACUUUCAUCCCAUUUGUGGACCAUAUUAAGCUGUGUAUGAAUGAAGCAGGCGUGGACAUUCGGGAUGGGUACGAGUUUAUUCCUCACAUGACCAUCAUGAAGACAACGCGUCCCGUCUCCCGGGUGAUGGGGACAAAGGAGGUCAGUCCGUUUCUCUAUGAGGGCUUCGCUGACAUGACGUUCGGGACUCAGGCGAUAGAUGGCAUCCAUCUUUGCUCUAUGGAAACACAGAGGAGGGACGAUGGCUUCUACAUCUCUCCAUGUCACAUUGACUUCACUCAGUCAGAAUAAACUUCACAAAUGGAAAUCAGCAAUGCAGCAAUGUUGAUAUUGUACUUUAAAAAAUACAAAAACUUUGAUCAAAUUUUUUCUGAAGCAGACUGAUUGAUGUGCCAAGUGUUCUAUCUGUGAUCCAUGUCAUUAAAUCAUAUUACGU